CAGCGAACUACGGUCAUCACUCGUUGGCAGAUGGCCUAGGUACUCAAUAACAUUGUUGAAAUUGAGACCGCCAAAGACUCAGUAACCUCUUGCUACAUAGCUGUAUUGAUUUCAAGUUCAAAGGUCAAGCCCUUCCACUCUCACGAAAGUGGGAUGUCCUUGUCCUGCCAAGUCGCCUCCUCGGAAAAGUGUUUCCGGGCAAGCAUCUCUCUCUCACACACGAUAUUGUGAACGCCCGGUUUUUCCGUUCUCCCUUUCAGUCCGACUGCAAAAUUGAGCGUCCCAUUCUGCUCACCAAAAUCCGAGAUGCAAAUCCCCGACAUCGACACCGAGAAAUGUCUCGGCUUCCUUUCAAAGCUGGUCCAGAUCAAGAGCUACUCUGAAACCUCGGGAGAAAUCGAAAUCACAGACUUCAUCUCCCAGAAAAUGAAGGACAUCAGCCUCGAAGCUGAUGUCUACCCGUUUGCCAAUGGCACGCGACAAAAUGCCAUCGGACGAUGGAAAGGCAAGGACCCUUCAAAAUCGAAAACCUUGCUCUUCAACGGCCACUUAGACACCAAUCCCGUGACUGAAGGUUGGACCGUCGAUCCCUGGGAAGGCAAGAUUGACGAAGGUUUCAUUUAUGGGAUUGGAGUUAGUAACAUGAAAGCUGGCUGUGCAGCCUAUUUUUGCGCUGUGGAAGAUCUGAAGUCCGCUGGUUGGACACCGAAAGGAGAUAUCGUCUUGACCUUUGUCGUUGGAGAACUCCAAGGAGGAGUUGGGACAAUGGCUGCCAUAGAGCAAGGCAGAAUGAAUGCGGACUACUUCAUCAACUGCGAGCCAAGUGAUAUCAGAGCUAUCACUAAGCAUGCUGAAGCUCUGAUGUUCGAGGUUGAUUUGCUUGGAGUCACGAGACAUAUGUCUGCUGCUGAAGAAGCUGCUGAUUCGAUCCUGGCUGCUUGUGCACUGAUCCCCGAGCUCGACAAAAUGACAUUCAGUGGUGCGAAGAGUGAAGAUCAUAAGAGGUGCAAUCGAUGUUUGGUUGGCGUUGUUCAUGGUGCGUUGGGAAAGAAACUCGAGGAGUGGAGGCCAAGUCAAGUUGCCGAUGUAUGCAGGUUAGCUGGAAGUGCUAGAUACGCGCCUGGACAGACCAAAGAAGGUGUCAUGAGAGAUAUCGAAGAGACCAUCAGCAGGGUAUUAUCAGAGAAGUGUCCGGGAGUGAAAUUUGAACUCAGGCAACGAUUCGAGCCUACGAUGCCAGCAUUCGAGGUGUCAGCUGACUCAAGAAUUGUCAAAUCACUGAACAAGGGCUAUCAUGAUGUAAGGGGAGAAGAGCAACCGACUGGAGUUUUGAAACCUACAUGCUUCUACGGAUCAGAUGCUGGACAUUUAUACAAGCAGCUUGGCAUGGAAGGCAUUGUGUGCGGACCUGGUGGCAAGUACAACACGAGACCAGAUGAGAAGGUCGACAUUCCUGAUUAUCUAGACUGUAUUAGAAUGUUUAUGAGAGUAAUUGUAGACAUCUGUAGUUGA